AUGGCUGCCACUCCAUGGAGCCAAUCCAAAGAUGAGGCCUCCAGAAGCCAAGAUGAGGAGGAGCCGAGCACCUGGCGGGACCAGGAAGGUGCAAAGUCCAUGCACCCAGACCCACUGCAUCUGCUGGUGGUGGAGCUGGUGGGCUUCCUGUUCCACAAGUAUUGCACCAAAGAUCCAACCACGAAGGAUGAAAUCCUAAACAUGGUCCUCAGAGAGGACGGGCACCACUUCCCUGAGGCCAUCCACCAAGGCUCACAGUGCCUACAGCUGGUUUUCAGCAUGGAUGUGAGGAAGGUGGAUCACCCAAAGCACAUCUUCGUGCUAGUCCCCACCCUGGGCCUCACCUGCAAUGGGAUGGUGAGUGAUGGGCACAGCAUGCCCAAGGCCAGCAACCUGGUGGUGGUCCUAGGCAUGAUCCUCCUGGAGGGCAACUGUGCCCAUGAAGAGGAGAUCUGGGAAACCCUGAAUGACAUGGGCAUAUAUGUCAAGAGGGAGCACUACAUUUGUGGGUCAGCCCUGUGCUGA